AUGGCGUCCUUCUGGCUUACCUCGGUCCUCUCCGCCCUCUCCCUCGGCGCCCUCCAUGUCUCCGCGUUCGACAACUCGAGGUACUGGGGCCAGAACUCGUAUGGCGCUACACACAGCGACACAGCGAACUUCCAGAAGAGCAUUGCAACGUACUGUCAGGACGAUUCGAUCGACGCGUUGCCCAUUGCGUUCCUGAACGUAUUCUUCGGUGCCGGCAAUGAACCUUCCAUCGACCUUUCCAACAUCUGCAGCAGCGUCGACGACCCGGUCUUCCCGGGCACGAGCAUGCCCGACUGCAGCUUCCUCGCGUCCGACAUCCAGUUCUGCCAGUCCAAGGGGAAGAUCGUCACGAUCUCCCUCGGCGGCGCGACAGGCGCUGCGAGCUUCACCUCCGACGAGCAGGCUGCGGCCUUCGGUGACACCAUCUGGAACACCUUCCUCGGUGGCUCUGGAGCGAUCCGUCCGUUUGGCGGUGCAGUCCUCGACGGUAUCGACCUCGAUAUCGAGGGUGGUGGAACGACGCACUUUGCUGCGUUCGUGAACCAGAUCAGGUCUCAUGCUGCCGGGGCCAGCAAACAGUACUAUGUCACUGCGGCGCCACAGUGUCCUUUCCCUGAUGCCUUCCUCGGCACCGUCUUGAACGCAGUCGCGUUCGAUGCGGUCUACGUCCAGUUCUACAAUAACUUCUGCGGCCUGACCAACUUCAACAACCCCAACGCCUGGGACUUCGACCAAUGGGACACUUGGGCGAAGAACACCGCCGUGAACAAGAACGUCAAGAUCUACAUCGGCGCCCCCGCCUCGCCCUCGGCCGCCGGCUCAGGCUACGUCGACGCGACGACGCUCGGGAACAUCGCGAUAACGACGCGCAGCCAAUUCCCGUCUUUCGGCGGUGUCAUGCUCUGGGACGCCUCGCAGGCCUUCGAGAACGACCGGUACGACGCUGCGAUCAAGAACUUGAUCAGACAGGGUUCGGGAGGCGGCUCGACCUCUGUCCCGGUCACGGUUUCGACCAGCUCCGUCCCGACCGCGCCGACUAGCGCGCCCCCGACCACGACCGCACACAGCACGACAGCAGUACCGACCACGACCGCCCAGUCCGGCAGCUGCGCCGGCGUCGCCGCCUGGGUCAGCAACGUCGCCUACGAGGGCGGAGAUACCGUGAUCUUCAACGGACACCUCUGGACGGCGAAGUGGUGGAGCUUCGGAGACACCCCCGGAGGUAACGCGGUUCUCCCUGCGUCGCGGCCGAGAAGCUUAGCUUACUGCGUGCUCACCGCAGGUGUCGCGGGCGACUGGACGGACGGCGGCGCGUGCACGAGCUUCGCCGCGGCGGUGCCGACCGCGCACGUCGCGGCUGCGCCGGCCACGGUAGCGAGCGUGCCGACCGCCAGUGCGUAG